AUGUCUCAUAUGGCUCCUCAUUCUGGAGGCGCUGUGCCAGCUAAGCGCCACAGCCGAACCAACGCUGAUGAGCCUGACGAUCUUUUCCCUGAUAUCCCGGAAGCCAAGAAGCGAAAGUUUAUCCUUGUCGAAGACAAUGUACGUGGAUCUCGCCUCCGUGUCAGGGUAACCCUCGAGGGGGUUGAUACCAAUGAGAUCCCGGAUAGCUUCCGUAAGGGUGCAAGCGUCUUCCCUCGUAGUUACUUCCCACGGGAGAUGCAAAGUCCUCCUCCUAGUGCGACUGGAUCGCGCUUCUUCGGUGAUGACCAGGACGAUGAUGGUAUCGAGGAAACUGAGGGCCGCGAGUUCAGCCGUCGUGGAGUUAACAGGAGUGGCAAAGAGAUGGUCAAGGUCCCUAUGGGCGAGUCCACAGGGGAAAUUGCCAUUCCCCGAAUGCGGAAGUCCAUCCGAGGCAGGGAGGUCCGCCUUAAUGAUCUGGGCUAUCGUAUGGCCUGGCUCCAAAGCCGAGUCUUUGCCGGCCGAACUGUAUUUUUGCAGCGAGCAUUGGAUUGCUACCGCAACAAAACGCGAGCUGCUAUCGAGAGUGUUAUGCAAGAUGUCAAGACUGUUGCUCCUCAUUAUGAGACUCGCGCCGGCAAGAGGCGCUGGAACGAGCGCAUGCGACGUGGAGAGAAGAAGGACGACGAGUAA